AUGCUCGCCCUGCUCUCGCUGAAGCACAUCCGCGCCGAUGAGUACCUUGAACGUGCUCUGGACCAACUGGAUCGUCAUAUGGCCGCGUCUGCCUCGGUCGCUGCCGUCACCGCUUCCGCUCUCGCUGCCGCUUCCGCGAACAAGCCCAAGCCCAAGCCGAGGCCCAAGCCCAAGCUCAAGUCACAGAGCCGCACGUCUCGGAAGCGGAGCAAGAAGAACGCCCACGAACUGCUUGGUCCGCAGCCAGAGCUGCCACCUUCCCGAACUCCGCAGCCGCCAACUGCGCGUCAGCCGCACCACCAGCCGCGGCGUCGGGGCGUUGCCGGCCGCCGCUACCGGUCGCUUUCGACUUCGUCGUCAUCGUCAUCCUCGCCACCACAUCCGCUACUGAUUGUGCGGUCGCUCUCAUCGUCGUCGUCAUCGUCACUGCCGCCGCCGCCGGCCAAGACACCACCGCCAGCGGCUUCCAUGCCGACGGCGGCGAUGACGCCUGCUGACAAGGCCCGCCUCAUUCGGGAGCGAAGAGCUGCCUACGAGCGCCGCAAGCACUCAAUCCUGUCCGGCGCGGAUGAGGUCGCCCGCCAGGCCGCUCUCGCUGCGCGCGCUGCUGUCAUGGCCCAGGCAGCUGCCACGCGAAAAGCAGCUGACGACGCUGCUGCAGAGGAAAAGCUCCGCGAAGCACUGCGCGCCGAUCCGUUUGCGCGUCUCGCCAUGCGUCACCGCCGGCGGAUGGCGGCCAAAGCUGCGCGGCUGGCCACACGGACCGCCAAGCCGCGGCUGGCUCCGGCCGAAGAGCCACUUGCUUCCUCGGAAUGCCCGCCGUCGCCAGGCGUACCCAAUCGCCGCCACCGCCGUCUCGCCUCGGAUGGCUUGGCCUCGUCGUCAGCUGACGCCGAAGCAAGGCUUCGCGCCCGCGCUGCAGACUCGGGCCCGCGUCUCUCCGCCCGUCGCGCCCGGCGAGUUCGGACUGGAACCAAGACUCGCCGAGUCCGAGCGCCACACUCACCGUCGUCAUCCUCCUCCUCCUCCUCCUCCUCAUCUUCGCUGCCUAUGCUCAAGUCGUCGACCCACAUCGUGAGUAUCGGCCCUGGCCCUUCCGGUCGCAAUCUUAACCGCACUGGAACGCUGACAGACAUGCUCGAGCUGUACACCACCUCGGACGAGGCUCGCGAGUCCCAUCGAGUCUUGAAGCAGGCGCGUGAGACAAGGCGCAAGCAUCAGGCCCAGGAAGCCGCCGCCGAUGCCGCCAUGCGUCAGCUGCGCGAAGCCGCCGCCGCCCGCAUCCGCGAGCGGCAGGCCCGCUUUGUCGAGGCUGCUGAAGAGCGCGCCCGCCAGCGUGCCGCUGUCGAGGCCGAGGCUGCUCGCCGCCGCGCCCGUGCGCGCGCCGACGCCGAAAAGGACCACCAAAUUGCGGUCGUUCGCAUGCAGGUCCUCCUCGAACUGGAUGCCCUCUGCCGCGCCAAGGCCGCCGUCGAGGUUGCGGCUGUUGAGCGCGAGCAACGCAAGGUUGCAUGGUCGUCGUUCCUUGCCAAUCUCAAGCACCGCGCAUCGGCCGUCCUCAAGCUCCGCACCGCGCUCGCCAAUCGCAAGCGCUUGCGCACUGUCGUCCCUCACCUUGCCUCAGACCUGGCAGGUAUGGCCGCUACCAAGCCUGUCAUCUCGGGCGCGUUGGCUGCCAUCGCCGAAGAGAUUAACGACGCAACGUCGUCGUCGUCAUCGUCGUCGUCGUCGUCAUCAUCGUCAGCGUCUGCCGACUAUGAUUACGAGUACGAGUACGAGUAUGAGUACGAGUACGAGUCCGCCGACGAGAGCGCGGCAAGCUGCUAG